AUGUUUCCUCCUACUGCCGGCUUAUUCCACCUUUCCCUUUUGCUGUCGAUUAUUUUUCUGAUAGUCUGGAUCAUUUGUAUAGCCAACGUCGUACACCUCAAUCCACCAGCUGUAGGGUACAUCUUCUUGGUAUUGGCCAUCGUCUUUUUCUUAGUAUGGGUGUUUUUCCGCUUUGCAGUGCGAACGCCAGUUGGAUUGAAUGAAGAAAUUGCCGCUGAGCAGUCAAUGGCAGGCGCACCAGGCUAUGCUGGCAUGGGCCCGUCAGCUGCCGCAGGAAUGGGUCCAGCUGGUCUUGGUGGUCCUGGUCCUAUGGGUGGCCUUGGUGCAAUGGGCGGUCCUGGCCCAAUGGGUGGCCCGAUGGGUGGCCCGAUGGGUGGUCCUAUGGGUGGUCCUGGCCCAAUGGGUGGAGCAGGUAUGGGCCCAAUAGGUGGUGCAGGUAUGCCUCCACCACAAGCUUACCCGUACUCUGCUGGUGUAGCAGGACCCCAUGCUCCCCCUCCUGGAUCUGUUGUUGUAUAG